ACGUAGGUACACGCCGUGUUUUCAAUGUCGUACGAAAAUUCUAACGUGCACUUAUUGUGAAACCGACUGCCGUGAACGGAAGUGACGUAAUUGAAAUUCUUACCGAGAGCCCAAACAGUGGGACGGCGGUUUGACUGAAGCCACGAAAAUGUUCCGAUUGGCUGUGAUUCAGCUGAAGGUGAGCAGCGUCAAAGCUGAAAACCUGAGUAGAGUGAGGAGGCUGGUGAAGGAGGCGGCGGAGCAAGGGAGCAAGAUGGUGCUCCUGCCGGAAUGUUUCAACUCUCCGUACGGAAGCAGCUUCUUUCCAACGUACGCUGAGAAGAUUCCAGGAGAGUCCACGCAGCUGCUGUCGGCAGUGGCGAAGGAGAACCAGCUGUACCUGGUGGGAGGAUCUAUUCCUGAAGAAGAUGGAGGGAAACUGUACAACAGCUGCCCAGUGUUUGGACCUGAUGGACAGAUGAUCCUCAAACACAGAAAGAUCCACCUCUUUGACAUCGAUGUUCCAGGAAAGAUCCGCUUCCAGGAGUCGGAGACACUGAGUCCAGGAAACAAAUUUUCCAUGUUUGAAACACCCUUCUGUAAAGUAGGUGUGGGAAUCUGCUAUGACAUGAGAUUCGCAGAACUGGCUCAGAUUUACAGCAGGAACGGCUGCCACCUGCUGGUCUAUCCUGGAGCCUUCAACAUGACCACUGGUCCAGCUCACUGGGAGCUGCUGCAGAGAAGCAGAGCUCUGGACAAUCAGGUCUUCGUGGCCACGGCGUCUCCUGCUAGAGAUGAGUCGGCGUCAUAUGUGGCGUGGGGUCACAGCACCGUGGUCGACCCCUGGGGCUCGGUGAUGUCAAAGGCCGAAGCAGAAGAAAUGGUGAUUUACGCUGACAUCGAUCUAAAGUUUUUAAAUGACGUCCGUCAGCAGAUUCCAAUCAACAGCCAGAGGCGACGUGACCUUUACUCCGUAUCCUCUGGUCAAGAAGUCACUGUUUCAUAACCUCUGAUCAUAUUAACGAAUAACAACAUCUGACUGAAUGACUGAGGACAUCAUUUCGUUUCCAGUUAAAGGUAGAUUCUGUGUUUUUUAAACACAUGGCAUGUAUCUCCCUCUAACCCCCAGUAGGAGGAGCUACAAAGUGAUUGUUUCGUGGAAAACCAAUCCUGUUGCUGAAGCCUUUUAAUAAAACACAGAUGUUUGCUGCUCAGAUUAAAAUGUAAAAGUGUUUUAAUCUAUUAUUUUGUUUGAAUAUUAAAAGAAAAACAAAUAUAUGAACAAA